UCUCAAGUGAGGAACAUCCCGCGGACCGGAAUUGAGAGUGGGCCAAAGUCAGAGGCAACAACUGAAAUCGCUGAACACCAAUUAAUGGACGCCAAGAGCCAACUUUCAAUUGAGUUUCGUGUCACAGUCACAGUUGUUCUUGUUUUUGUUCCGGAUAUUUUUGCGGCGGUGUUUGUGUCUGUGUGACUCUGCAAUAUGGCCAAGUGUUUUGUGCUGAAAAAUGUUAACCAAGUUUAGGCCGAGCGCUCUCUAAUCCCUUCUGUUGUGCUUGUAGCCAAAAAAAAAAAAAACGAAAGAAUAAAGAAGAGAAAAUCAAAAAAGCAAAGCGCAACUCGCCCGGCCACAGUUGCUUGGUAAUUGGGAGAGAUGAGCGGUCUGGGUCCUGCAGCCUGUUGGCUGGCCCACAAGCGCAUCGAGUCCUGGUCUCGGAUGGCCAAGGAGCGGGUGGGAGCGGUGCGUCGAGUCACCCUCGAUCGGAAUUCAGCGGACGAGGGAUCCCCGAGUGGGAGUGCUGGCACCACCACCACCGCCGCAAGUGGUGGCAACGGGGCAGCGGCGGUGCACAUCCUGCCGAUGGGGGAGGGCUCCACCACACCGCCGCCACAGCCAAUGACCCCGCCGCCAUCGGCCUCGUCGGUCACAUCGACCACCAGCGGAAUUGGCAGCGUUUCGGCUGGUAGUGUCAGCGAUAGCUGUGAUUUGCCCACGGACUCGGAGGAGGUGGCCAUUGCCAAGGAAUGCCAGCCCAUCCAGCCGGCCAGCCAAAUGCAUGGAAUGCACGGCGGCAUGGGCCUCAACCACCAUCACAUGGGCACAGUUUCGGCCACCGGAACGGACAUCUUGCGCGGACCCGCCGAGGUGUUCCACAGUCCGCUGCACUUGCACCACCAGAGCCGCUCCUUCCCGCCGCGUCUCCAGCGCACGCCGUCCAUCUCCAGUCAGAGCAGCGUGGACAGCGCUCCAUCCAGGCAUUCGGGUCAUCGCGGCUCGUCACCACAGAUAAGGACCUUCGGACCGGACGGACGCAGUUCUCUGCCGAGCGAGCCGGCCUUUCCGCACCAUUUGGCCAGAUCGCCCAGUCCGAUGAGAACUAUAUCCUUAGACGCCCGUUGCGGCAGUCCGGCUCAUUCGACGGAUCCGGGAGACCUGAGGACACCCAGUCCUUCGCAGAGCAGCUUGGCCUCCUUGGCCGGCGGGUCGGGAAUGGGAGGUAGCUCGGGAAAAGGAGUGGGCGUGGCCGGAGGUCGUUGCCUUUCGCCGCUGCUGAUACCGCCGCGCUCACAGCCCGGAGUGGAUCCAGCCAUGGGUCCCGCCUCCCCGUUGGGAGCUCUUCAGCCGGAUCUUUAUCGAAUGCCGGACGGACCCGUCUACUUGACAGCUCCGGAAUCCAGUCACGCCGUGGGAAGAUUGCACCUGCGCGUGAAGUACGACUAUCACCUAUUCGAUCUGACGGUGCAUCUGAUUGAAGCUCACAAUCUCAGUCCCAUUGAGGAAGGUGGCUUUCGGGAUCCUUACGUUCGGUUAAUGUUGCAACCGGAAGUCGACAGUCGGAAGCGGCAGACGCACAUCCAUCGGGGUGAAUCGAAUCCCUAUUUCGACCAGCACUUCAAGUUUCCGGUUUCCCGCGAUCAGCUCCAAGGAAAGGAGCUGAUCCUCCAGGUGCUCGACUACGAUCGCUAUUCGCACAACGAUAUAAUCGGAGAGGUUCGCAUCUCUGUAGAUGGUCUGGAUCUGUCCAAGUCUGUGGAGAUCUGGGGAGACUUGCUGCGUACCAAGAAACCCAAGGAGGAUCGACCGGAGCUCCUUUGCUCUUUAAACUAUUUACCGCAGGCUGAGCGAUUGACCGUGGUCAUAAUGAAGGCCAGAAAUUUGGACACUCUUCAGGAACCAUAUGUAAAGAUUUAUCUGAUUCAAAAUGGCAAACGCAUUAAGAAAAAGAAGACGAGCAUCACGAAGUCGGACGAUCCCACCAACCCCAUUUGGAACGAGGCGUUCACGUUUAAUUUGCAAUCAAAUUAUCUCCACAAUGCAGCCAUCGAGAUCUAUGUGGUGGGUGCCGGCAGCGAGGCCACGGAAAUUGGAUGCUGUGGUCUGGGUCCCCAGGAAAGUGGAACUGGCUGCCAGCACUGGCACGAUAUGAUUAACAAUGCCCGAAAGCCCACGGCCAUGUGGCAUUACAUUCGCUAGGCCGUAUAAAUUAGUUAUGAUUUGCAGCCACAAAAAAAUCGAAAAACAAAAACAAAAACAAACAUUCAAUUGUUCCCACAUUGCGUCUAUAUAGGUGUACUACUAACGUAACCGUGUCUGUGUGAAUUUUCCAAUUGCAUUUUUGGCGGCCCGCCGUCCGAAGCUUAUAAUGUUCUACGAAAUCAAAAUCUCAUCUCUCUAUAUGCAUAUUAUAUAUAUGAAUGUACAAUAUAUACGCGCUGCAGCUAACUAGCCCUCCAAGAAGCUCAAUCUAAAGUUCCUACGCAACGACAGAAACUUCGAAAAAUGCCCACAAAAAUUGUUUUUAUUUCUGUGGGUAAUUUGGUUUAACGGAUUAAUUCUUUUUUUUCGUUGUGCAUUUUGUGCAACCUCUUGAGAAGAAGAAUAACACACACACAAUUGGUAGAAACCGGGUAGGGGUACAAUAGGAAAUCGGUAAUCGCACAUCCAAACUGUCAGCCAGACUUGUUGACAUUUCCAUCGACUUCGGCAGACACUUGAGGAGCCUUAAGGAAGGCAUUCAAGUGUGCAUUUCUUAAAUAAUUAUGAAUACACCGCACCGGGAAUAAUAAUAAUAACUCGAAUAGGUGAGUGGUCGUCAAUCAUGCAGGAAGGGAGUACGAAUCCAAGAGCGAACCUCCCUCGAAUUCGCUUGGAAGAAGUCGCCCCUUUGUGCCGGCGACAGUUGACAAAUUGCCAUCGUGUCCUGUUGUCCUUUUGCCAUUCGAUCCUGUGUGCGCUUGUCGUCAACUGUUUGACAGUUUUGCCCGCAGAAAAAGAGCGAGAUGUGGAGAGAACUUAUGCUAAUUGUUAAGUUAAACAUAUAUAUAUAUAUAUUCCUUCCAGACGAGUACGUCUAUCAAGGAACACACCAAAGAGCAUUUCUCGGGCACUUGAACCUAUUUUAUAUGGACUUACAACGAGUAUUCCAAUGGCAUCUGAAUAAUAAGAUAUUUAUUGACGGGGGAAACGGGGCUAAGAGGGUUUUCCGAUUUCUUUCACAUAAAACUAUGAAUGUCAUUUCGGUGUUGUCGCAUCACUACGGGAAGUCAGACCUUAUAAUGUGUGUAAAAUAUGCUAUUUAAUCCAAGUAAAUAUUGCAGAAUACAACAACUGAAUGUGUGUAAUUUAAACUUAAACAAAGACUUGAAAAGUACAUAGCACUGCACGUGUUAACUAGACAAAAAAUACAUACUCUAAGGAGCAGCCUAUAAAUAUAAAUAUAUGAUAUAUAUACAUACUAUAUAUACACCAUACUUGUACAAGUUUUUUCUACACGAGUCCUUCUACACAAUUGUUUCAACUUGUCCUCUGCCAAACGAAACACAAGAACAACAUUGCUGACAUGAAGAAAAUAAUUUAAACCGAAACAACAGAACAACAAAAUAAAUGCUGAAUACCUCCGAUUUAAGCAAAACAUUAUUACUUUACAACUAUGCGUAGAAGAUGAAAAACACACUCGGAAUGCAAAUCAAAAGUAUAAUUAAACCAGCAAAGCAAAACGAAAUGUACAAAACUGCAUAUACAAAUAAUUAUAUUUCCUAAAAUAGUGGUUAUUGAAGGCGAUGCUGUCAAAAACUAAACCGCAUAGAGGAAUAACUCCACCUAAAUUAUAAUUAUAUACACCUACAAACUACAAAACAACCUAUAUUCAUAUGAAUGAAAAUGUAUAUGUAACUUAAAUGUAUGUGAACUUAAAUUAUUCGGUAAAUAAAUAACUUAAAACAAA